AUGCUGGCAUCUGGGGAGGGAGGUGACCCUCACCUCUCCAUUCCUCACCUCUCCAUUCCUCACCUCUCCAUUCCUCACCUCUCCAUUCCUCAUCUCUCCAUUCCUCACCUCUCCAUUCCUCACCUCUCCAUUCCUCACCUCUCCAUUCCUCACCUCUCCAUUCCUCACCUUUCCAUUCCUCACCUCUCCAUUCCUCACCUCUCUAUUCCUCACCUCUCCAUUCCUCACCUCUCUAUUCCUCACCUCUCCAUUCCUCACCUCUCCAUUCCUCACCUCUCCAUUCCUCACCUCUCCAUUCCUCACCUCUCUAUUCCUCACCUCUCUAUUCCUCACCUCUCUAUUCCUCACCUCUCUAUUCCUCACCUCUCUAUUCCUCACCUUCUCAUAGCAACAAGGGACGGGAAGAACCGGCGCCACCCGGAGGGUCGGUCCACCUGGCGCCACCCCUUCACCAUAUCAAAUCCGCGCCUGUAUGCCGCCCAAAACCGCUUCCUGAUGGCCGGAUGCAGCGUGGAGAGCGACAGUGUGGGCAGCCUCUUCAUGUACUGGCGGGGGCGGGGGGGGAGGCAAGGGAGGGUGCAGUUGUGGGCUCUGCUAGUGCUCCUUCACUUCUGUGUGGGCUCUGCUAGUGCUCCUUCACUUCUAUGGGUGCAGAUGGGUGCUGCUACUGCUAAUCCUGCUCCAUGGCCGGGUGCAGCGGGGAGAGGGACUGUGUGGGCAGCCUCUUCAUGUACUGGUGGGGGGGGAGAGGGAAGGAGGGGGGAAGGUGGGGGGGGAGAGUGGGUUGAGGAGGGGAAGGGAUGGUUAGUUGCCGGGUGCAGCGUGGAGGGUGUUCCUUCAGUUUUGGUAUCACCCAACUGCACCGAACUGCACCAGCCCUGCUGCACCGCCGGGUGCAGCGUGGAGAGCGACUGUGUGGGCAGCCUCUUCAUGCACUGGCGGGGGGGUGGGGAGGGGUGGAGAGGGGCGGGAGGGGUUCGAUGGGGGAGAAUGGGUGGUUAG